AUGGCGCACGUACGCCAUCACAGGCGCACCAACGCAUUGUUUCUUCUUUUCUCAGCUGACUCGCCACAGCCCUUACAAAGGGACUACAACAUUUAUACCGGGGGCUGGCGCAUGCACAAGACAAAGCCCACCCCGCCUCACUCCGUGCCCAUCAUCUGCAUUCCCCGGCCACACGCGCCCACGAUGCGAUCAACACGCUCGUUACGUCCAGCUCGCAACAGAUCGCUAACAACCUGGUUAACUAGCUCACGCGGCUGUAUCACCACACAACACACACGCCACGCACAUCUACGCACACACGUCAUAUUCCCGCUGCGCCCAGCACAUUUCGCGUGCACCCGACGUGCCGGACCGCAUCAAUGUGUCUCGCACGUCCCGCGCGCAUCCAACGCGCCCGACGAGCACGACCAUACUAGACAUCGUGACUUAUUCCAAUACACAUCCCCAAAGCCACGGCCUAGAGGAGUCGGUCGGCGUCGGCCAGGAGAUCCUGCUCCGUCGCCGGUCCUUUCCGCAGCUGCGGGCACUCGCGCCGGAAGUGCCCGUGCUCUCCACAUUUGUAGCAGCGUCCAUGGCGCUUCCCUCCGUUGCCCGACGAUGUGCUCGCUGCACCGUCGUCAUCGUGAUCGCCGAAGCCGCGUCCACCUUGCCGUCGCUGCCGAGUUGCCUAUUGUGCCGCCGUCAUCAUCAGGUGCCCGUCUGCACGCUUGCCGCCGGCCUACACACGCUGCCGCGUCCUCUCCUCAAACGCCUUGA